CAGCGGUUACGGUAUUCUAAGUAUCAACACAAAGAUUAAAUGUUCUACUUGUUCUCCGAACUGCUGCUUUCAUAGCUAAGUAAGACCCAUUCUUUUUAAAGAGGAGAAAACUUCAAGUGUUGGAAUUACACAUUCAUGAUGGCCCACUCAACCGUUGCCCUGUUAAUAACUCUUUCUGUAUCUGUGGCUCUGUCAGAACUUUUGAUCAACGACAAUGUUUGGCACUCUUGGAAAGAAUUUCACAGCAAGAAAUAUGCAUCAGAUGAUGAAGAAAGCCUGCGCUAUACCAUCUGGAACGAAAAUAUGAAGACUAUCAAGAAACAUAAUGCUGACCCAAACAGCAAAUUCACCCUUCAAAUGAACCAUUUAGGAGACAUGACAAGUAAAGAAGUUCAUUUGAUUAUUAAUGGCUACAACAAAGCUCUCAAGGACACAAAGAGCAAAGAAGGUUCAUCUACAUUUCUGCCACCAAGCAAUACUGAGCUUCCAGACACAGUUGAUUGGAGAAAGAAGGGUUAUGUUACUAAGGUCAAGAAUCAAGGGCAGUGUGGGUCAUGCUGGGCAUUCAGUACAACUGGUUCCCUUGAAGGCCAGGAUUUCAAGAAAACAGGAAAUCUGGUGUCUUUAAGUGAACAAAACCUGGUUGACUGCUCUGAGAAAUUUGGAAAUCAUGGUUGUGAGGGAGGCUUGAUGGACAACGCAUUCAAGUACAUCAAGGCUAACGAUGGCAUUGAUACAGAAAAAAGUUAUCCCUACAAGGGCAAGAAUGAGAGGUGCAAAUUCAAUGCAUCAUCAGUUGGUGCGGAUGACACUGGUUACGUUGAUGUCAAACAUGGAGAUGAGGAUGCCUUGAAGAUUGCUGUUGCCACAGUUGGACCAAUCUCUGUAGCAAUUGACGCUGGACAUAUGUCCUUCCAAUUCUACAAGGAUGGUGUUUAUGAUGAGCCUGCCUGCAGCUGUGUUGACCUGGACCACGGUGUGCUGGCUGUAGGGUACGGAACAACUGCAGAUGGGAAAGACUACUGGCUUGUCAAGAACAGCUGGGGAAAAAGCUGGGGCAUGGAUGGUUACAUUAUGAUGUCAAGGAACAAAGACAACCAAUGUGGAAUUGCCACAGAUGCUAGCUACCCACUGGUUUAACAACCAGCUAUACUCUACGGACUCAGGUCUUGAAUAAAGAAACAAUGAAAUUUAUGCAUUCAGAAGCUUAGUCAAGUUGUUCAAUUUAUAGUUUAUGGUAUCACGUAGAUGUAAUUUUUCUUAAAGCAACUAGCUGUAAAAUAAGUUAGGUUUUAAAAGACUUGUAUCCAAUUAUUACAUUCAAUUGACUUGUCAUAGUCAAUUGUUAGUUAAGUGGUACUUUUGUUAUAUUAUAGUUGAAUAGUUGUCAGCUAGCUAGGGCUCUUAAGAUCUGAUUGAAGUUUAACACACAACUUAGAUUUAAAACAGUAAAGGAACAGUCACCUCUAGUUUGUCAAUAUUUAACUUUUACUCAUGCCCAUAUUUAUUGUUAAUAGAUAUGUGAAAUUUCUGCUGGUUAUAUAAUUAGUAAGUAAAUGGUGUUGGGAUUGUUUAAGUACUUGCCAGCUUGUAUUCUUAGGUAACUUUAUAAUACUGUAAAUUUUAAUUUAUUGAUUAAAGUUUUCAUUAAAAAUUUGA